CAGUUAGUUUCAGUCAACACCAACACCAACACCAACAACGAUAGUGAUGUCCAAACACACGACAACCCAUUUGUUCUUCCAAUUCAACGACUCGUCCGGCAGUUCGGCCAACAAAUUGAAUCCGUACGGCAGCGGCGGCCAACAGACUGCAUCGUCCACUAGAAAACCGGCCAAACGUAGCACAAGUAGUUCAUUGCACCAGGAGUUUAGCGAUCCGUUCGACUAUUACGACUACUUUUCCAAUUAUGGCCGAUACGCUGGUACGCCACCGCUUAUGUCGCCGGCGGUCAACCAUUCAGUGGCCGGACGCGAGUCAAUGAGGGACAGGGAGUACAGAUAUAACGAUGAAAGCCGACGGGCCUAUUCAGGGGACAGGGAUGCCGGCGGUGGUGACCGGCGCUACUAUCGCCAGCCGACAGGUUCGGCCGCCGCCACACAAAAGUAUACCGAUGUUGUCUACAAUGUUGAUUCACCGGACAAAUACUAUCCGCGCGGUUAUUCUGCACAACUGUUCAACGAUAAUAACCAUCACAACAACGUCGUCGUCGACGACGACGAGGAGGACGACUCUGACCGUAACCGUCAACAACAACAACACCACAACCAUCACUACCAACAACAACAACAACAACAACAGCAACGAUAUCAUAGGGCCGGCGAUCUGGCGCUCAUGGAUGCCAAUGAACAGUCAGCUAAUAUGUCGCCAACACUGUUGCCGCCGAUGACAUCGCCGCCAAACGAUUUGUUGCAACUGUCCGGCGGUGGUGGUGGUGGCGUCGGCGGCACCCGAAUAGGGUCGGCGCCGCCGUACUCGUUAUUCGGACGGGACGGCAGUUGUCUGCAUCGGAUAACGUUUAUCGAGACACACAACUAUCAGCCCCUGGAUCUGCCUUCACCGUCAUCGGGGUCGUCAGCGUCGCCAUUGUUGACCACAUCGACGACACUUAACUAUCAUCAUCAUCCUCAUCAUCCCAGUGCCAGACAUCAUAAAACCGCCGCCGCUGCCUCUAUACCGCCACUACCGCCUCCCGGCCACCAUCACGAUUGGGUCUGUGCACAGGUACGCACAUUAAGGGCCAAUUUUGAUCACCCGUGCCAUCAGAUACUGAUGAAUGUCGAACGUAAAUCGAAAUUUCCGUUUAUUAUCUACUCGUAUUCGGGCUCCGGUAGUAGUAGUAGUAAUAGUGCCGGUGCUAGUGGUGGUGUUGGUGGUAGUAGUAGUGGUGGUGUCGGACUACUAUCGGCCGAACUGAGAUCCACUGACGGCUACUACGAAGUGAAUGCAUCGAUAACACGGCCCGGUUCAGGGUUUGCCGAUCCCGACGAUACUACCCGUCCGUUUGGUUUUAUUGUAUCAGCAUUUGCCACCUUUCCCGGCGAAGACAGCGACCGAUUGGAACGGAACUGGAUAUCGUGGACAGGUGCCCGCAUACUAUACAAAUACCUGCCAAUGUGUGUCGGACUGCGACGCCUACUGUUUCUCAAACGAGUUAAACAACAACAACCGUACAGAGAUUUAGACUAUGCCGGUGGUGGUGGUGGUAGUGGUGGAGGAAUGGGAGGUAUGGGAGGUCAUCAUCAUCCACAACAACAACAACAACAUCAUCAUCAACAUCACACCCAUGGCUUUACUUAUGUACUGUUGUGCGAGUGUUUUAACCUAAAGGUUAACACAGUUGCCAGUGUUUGUACGACUAUUGACCAGCUAAGAGCCCGGUGCUGCGGCUAUAGUGCAUUGUAUAUCAAUCAAUUACAAUAGGAUAUGAUUGGGAUUGG